AAAGUGUGAAAUAUCGUCCUUUCGGCCAACUCUCUAUCUGAUACCGCUUUAGUUCUCAUCCAAUCUUUCACCCACAAACGACGCCCAAAAAGAGAGAAAAGAAAACCAAACAAAAAUCAAGAAAUGGAGCUCACUUUCUCUCCCCAAACCACCAUCUUCAUCUCCUUCGCCUUACUCUACCUCCUCAUCUUCCUCCUCCGCCGUAAACCCAACAAAAUCUCCGGCGCCGCCCCCCACGGCUUCAGAUUCUACCCGCUCAUCGGCACCCUCCCCGAUUUCAUCCGCAACCGCCACCGCUUCCUCGAAUGGACCACCGGGGUGCUAGCCCGCUGCCCCACCAACACCGCCGUCUUCCGCCGCCCCGGAAAAAUCCACGGCGUCAUCACCGCCAACCCUCUAGUCGUCGAGCACAUGCUCAAGUCCCACUUCGAAAACUUCCCUAAAGGCGCCCGCUUUAGGUUCCUUUUGCAGGAUUUUCUUGGAACAGGCAUCUUCAACUCCGACGGGGAACUGUGGAAAAUCCAGCGAAAGACAGCAAGCUACGAGUUCAACACGAAAUCCCUCCGUAAUUUCGUAAUGGAGAACGUCGUGUUCGAGCUGAAAUCCCGGCUAGUUCCAGUCCUUGAGAGCUCGGCCAAAACCGACCGAGUUCUUGAUUUUCAGGACAUCCUCGAAAGGUUCGCUUUCGACAACCUAUGUAAAGUCGCUUUCGAUGUCGACCCGAGUUGCCUCGGUGGAGAUGGAACCGUAGGCAGCGAGUUCAUGCGAGCUUUUGACGAGGCUUCGAAUCUCAGCUCUGGCCGAUUCAUGUAUGCUCUGCCGAGCAUUUUCUCGAUCAAGAAGUUUUUCGAUCUGGGCUCGGAGAAAAACCUGCGGUUAUCCAUAGCCAAAGUGCACGAAUUUGCCGAUAGGAUCAUAAGAACUAGAAUGGAGGACGACGAGAAAAUCGGGAAAAAAGGCGAAGAUUUGCUGUCGAGGUUUAUCAUUAAUUCGAACGUCGAAAAAAGUACUUCACCCGAAUUUCUUAGGGACAUCGUGAUCAGUUUCAUCCUAGCCGGUCGCGACACGACUUCGUCAGCACUUUCUUGGUUCUUCUGGCUGCUCUCUUCGAAACCGGACGUGGAACAUAAAAUCCUGCAAGAACUCGAAAAAAUCCGGGGGCAAAACGGUAAAUCGACAGGCGGGAGGGGGACUUAUUAUUAUACUUUCGACGAGCUCCGUGAAAUGCAUUAUCUUCACGCAGCGAUUUCCGAGGCCAUGAGGCUGUACCCUCCUGUCCCAGUCGACACGAAAGCUUGCCUCAAAGACGAUAUGUUGCCAGAUGGCACAUUUAUCGGUAAAGGUUGGUUCAUUUCGUAUGAUACGUAUGCAAUGGGAAGGAUGGAGAGUAUUUGGGGGGAGGAUUGUUGUGAGUUUAAGCCCGAGAGGUGGAUAGAGGAGAAUGGUGUGUGCAGACAAGAAAGCCCGUUUAAGUAUCCGGUUUUUCACGCCGGGCCAAGGAUGUGCCUCGGGAAGGACAUGGCUUUUAUACAGAUGAAGUCGAUUGCGGCGUGUGUUUUGGAGAGGUUUAGUGUGGAUGUGUUGUUGGAGAAGGGGAAGUGCCCUGAGUAUUUGCUGUCAUUGACACUGAGGAUUAAGGGUGGUUUGCCUGUGAAAAUUAAGGAGAGAAAUGUGUUUAGUGUGAAGUGAUUGUUGUUGGGUAGGUUUUUAGUUUUGUGGUGGUGUGGGUGUAUUAUGUGUGAUAAUAAAUGAAUGUGACGGGGUUUCUGAAUGGUUUCUAAAAUUAGCUGGUAUAUUACAAAGACGUAUAGUAAUAAUGUAUUAUGAGAAAAUUAUACAAUUUACCUCCAAUCCCCAUUUCAUUUUUAUAUUUACCCCAAUUUUCUGGUGCCCUAGUCGCAAUCUAUGUACAUGUAAAAUAACCGUCAUAUUUGUAGUUCUUAAAUAAUCCCUUGG